AUGUUCGACCCUAAUAAUUUCUACGGCUACGUGCCCACUCUGGCUGGUGGCAUCAUCUUCACUCUUCUUUUCAUCGCCACAACCGCCUAUCACGCAUUUCAACUGUCAAAAGCACGAUGCUGGUAUUUUAUUCCCUUCGUGCUGGGAGGUAUCUUUCAAAUCAUCGGAUACAUCUGCCGUCUCGUUGCCCGUAACCACCUCAACUCCGUCACUCUGUACGCCCUCCAAUCCGUCCUCAUCCUCCUCGCACCCCCUCUCUACGCCGCCUCCAUCUACAUGGUCCUGGGCCGCCUAAUCACCUACCUCCACGCCGAAUCCCUCAGUCUCGUCCGCGUAAACUGGAUGACAAAGAUCUUCGUCGCGGGCGACGUAUUCUCAUUCCUAAUGCAAUCCGCCGGCGGAGGGAUGAUGGCCACCGACGCGCGUGACACCGGCUCUAACAUCGUCAUCGGCGGCCUGGUCAUUCAGCUGCUUUUCUUCGGUUUCUUCGUCGUCACCGCCGCCGUCUUCCAUAUUCGCAUUACCAAGCAGCCCACCUCCAAGUCGCAGUCUGAGAAGGAUCUGACUAGUGGACAGGGCUGGAAGCAGCGCAAUUGGGUGACUAUUCUGCUUGCGUUGUAUGUUGUCAGUGCGCUGAUCCUUAUUCGGUCUAUCUUCCGCUUGAUUGAGUACAAGGGUGGGUUUGAUGGGUAUCUGAUGACGCAUGAGGUGUACAUGUACAUCUUCGAUGCCUUUUUGAUGUUCAUUGCCAUGGUGGCUAUGAAUGUUUACCACCCAGCUGUGAUCUUGGGCGAUGGGAAAGCUGGGAGAGCCCUGGCGUCGGCGUAUUCGGAGGAAGUACCCAUGUCAGCCGCGUGA